UGAUGGAACGCGCGCGUCUCAAGUCGACGGAGCUUCAUGCGACAGUGAAAAACAUCGUGGAAGACUUCAUGGAGCACUUGAAGCAAGGAUCAUGCGUAGAUGCAGUCGUGUUGGUCGAUGCGCUGACGCGGCUAUGCUUGACAAACUCCAGUUUGCAAACGGCAGUAGGUGAUGCCCUCGCCCCGCACAUGGCAACGUUCGUGCCAAGCUUGUACAAUCCCGUGCUAUGUGUCUCGUGUGCGGCGUGCCUUGCCGCAUGCACACACAAUCACCGACUGAACCAACGACGACUCGUUCGACGCGUACCUGGGUGGUCCAUCCCAGCGGCGCCGACGGCAUCUGAACACGUCACAUCGUUGUACGUCAUCUGUAUACCCGAACGCGUGCGUCUGCAAUGGCGGCAAUGGAGACGGCGUCAACGCAAUCUCCGAGGUCAUCGCAUACCUCAUGGCACACCACCAGCCGCAGAGCUGGGAACUCCCGCCCCUUGUUACUGCAAUACGUGUUUGGGGACCAUGCAGCUGUACUCGACGUGGCUUCGGCAUUUCAACGCAUUCGACCGAUGGAAAGCAGACGACGUCGCCGCUUCGUCUGCCAAAAGCUCCGGGUCACUGCCUCCUACCACGUCGCUGGAAACGUACGUUCAAAUGGCGCUUCUGGCACAUGGACCAGUGCAACGCCAUCGCGUGGCGUGCAUCGUGGACAUGAUCGAGUCGUCGGAUGUGCGUGAUGACGGCGGCGCCUGCCACGUGUACUCGAUCACGGAUCAAAGCACCGACGUGCCAUGCCCCACCAUCGAUCCCUUACGCGACGUGAUUGCUAUCCAAGUAUUCCGAGACAUUCCGAGCGGGGAAGGGGCAGAUGCCCUCGAGGCACCCGGCGCACCCACGGGAAUCAAUGCCCCAAACUCGGUGAAUCAAGUCUGCGGCGAAGACGACCUGUCGUUGGAUGUUGUUUUGCUGGAUGCCGCACGGAGGAUACGGUGCUGCAGCCCGACAGAGGCUGUGUCGUCGAACGAUCCAGUCGCGGCGAUGCCACACAACAGCACUGCGGAAUUUCAUGUCCAAGUGGCAGCCAAUGUCGCGUUGCAGCAUCUUGUCAUUCAUGCAGUCGACGCUGGAACGAAAAAACACCAAGCCUUUCGAGCGCUUGUGCCUGCAGCGUCUCUCACGCUGGCGUCGCCGCUGGCCCUCCUUCAACUCAGUCUUGGGGCGAUUCACAACAUGCUCGACACAGCGUGUGUGGUGUGUCGCCACUCCACGGCGACUUGCCCAUCGCAACGAGCACACGUCGACGCGGCCUGCAUUGUGCUCUCGCGUCCACCUGCCAGGUGAUUUGCAGCGCUGGACACCCCACGGCCCGCCACAA